AUGUUUUUGCAGUUGCUCGAUGCAUUUCAGCGGCUUGCAAGUCAAUUAAAACGACAAUUUGUGUGGAUUCGCUGCUGGUUGCCAUUGCCGCAACGCUUCUACGGCUUCCGGCGGUCAUUUCUAGUAGACCCGGCACGGACACGGGCACGGGAACGGGCCAGCUACCAGUGCAAUCCGAGGGCGACGCGUCGCCAACUGGUCAUGGACUACAUCUUCGAGUGCUUCUUCGAGGACACAUUCGAUCAGAUCACCCGCAACGGCCUGCAGGAUCGACAGUCGCGUCGGGACGUGCUCGACCAUCUCAGUUCUAUAAUCAAGGGCUGCAGCGAGGGCCAGAACACGCAGACAGAUGAGGUGGCUGGCAUAGCCGUGGUGGCGGCCAUGCGAUAUCACCGACUGGCCAAGGAGGAUAAUGGCGGAAAGGUAUGCCUCAUGGGCAAGUAUCACAACAUCCUGUACAUCGCCCUGCGCACCUGCUGGGACUGGGGUGUGCGCGACUCCGAGGUGGUCGUCCAACUCUUGGUGGCCAUUUAUGAGUGCGAGAAGACUUUCGAGCGGAUAUUCCUGGGCGCCUUGUUUGGGCCACAUGCUCCGCACUUUAUCGCCGGUUGGCGCAGCGACUUUCAGGAUCAGCAUGAAAACGUCCGAGCCGUGGUUUACUUUCUGAAGCAUGCCACACGCGAGAAGCUCAUGUUGCCCGUCUGGAUACCGCGCUUCGAGGAGGAGAGACAGCUUCGAUUCAUUGAUGUGCCCAUUGAGUCCUGUGGCAGGUCCUCGCCGCUGCGCAUCGCCCUGCAGGCAAAUGCUCCCGAGCUGCUGCUCAUUCUCCUGAGAUACGGCGCCUCACCGCAUCCCCCGGACGGAGGCACCUCGGUAAUCCUGGCACUGCUCGACAAACUAAUUGAGAAUGGCCGCAAUUACAGCUACGAACUGGUGCUGUGCCUCAAGAUACUGUUGCGAAACGUGGCCAUGAUUGAGAUGCCCUUCAAGCCCCUGUUGUAUGGCUCACGCAGGGAGAUGUUCUUCGAGCGCUACGGCAGACUGUUAAUCGACAAAAUCAUUGGCAAGGAGCAGGUGUAUGGUGUGCCCACACUGCGUCACCUAUGUCGCUGCUGCAUUCGCGAUGUCCUCCGGGAGCAGAAUCAACUGCCCAACGGCAUCGACACUUUGAGGCUGCCAAUGCGACUGCAGCGCUAUAUUGACCUAACGGAAGAGCUGGAGGGAGUCGGGGGACAGCCAGAGCCACCAGAGCAGCCAAAGCCCAAGCCGGGCACUCGACUGGCAAGUGGCAUGCAGCGGAUGGACACCAUCAGCAGCAUUACCGAGAGCGAGGACGAGAGCGAGAACCGUGUCCAGCUGCUGGAGGCAGUCACGGAUGCGGAAAAGGCCGCGGCAGCCGCCUUUGUGGCCGCCAGCGAUGGGGCAAUCACUGCCGAGGCCAAGCAGGCGGCUGUGGCCGCCUAUGUGGCAGCCAGCAGACCCGAAGCCGAUCCCGAUUUCCCACCUAAGCCCCAGCAGGACGAUGACGACGACGGGGGCCCUGCCCCAGAGCUUAGCUAGUGAAAACUCACCUGUAGGUGUGCUCGCUGACGUUGAUGCGGCCGGGCACGCCUGUGGUCUCCGUACG